GUCGGCCGCGGGCUGCCCGGGGCUCCUGGCAUUGGCUGGCAAAGUCGAUUGUCUGGGGCGGCUGCUGUUACACUUAGGCUGGGUCUGCCGGCCGGGAGGAAGCAGGCGUGUGUUGAAUUUCUCUUUGACCCUCACGGUGGAAUAAACAGGAAGCGAAAGAGCACCCAGCCGGCCCUGCACUUGCCUUUGUUGUGGGCUCUGCGCUCCACAGGCUGGAGGAGGCUUCUCGGGACCCCUGCCCAGCGUGCCGUCUGGGCACGGCUGGGGGCGCGCCCUCAAGAACAGAGGCAGAGCACUGAGAACAGCUGAUCAGAACAGGCCAGAGCCACUGUUGAGGCUGAGAGGGCACAGUUGGAGGAAGACUGCUGGCCGCCUGGAGGCCAAGAAGCCCUUCAUUUGAGGUGGGAUAUUGGUUUUCAGCAGGACAAGCUACCUCACCAUGGCGUCAACUCUCUGGCUGGACGGCUGAUGUGACUGUGUGCUCCAUCCACAUGCUGUUGGACCGUAUGCCAUCCACAUAGUGCCUGCUCACAGGGUGUGGGCAUCAGAUGCUCCCACAAGUUGGACCAGCAGAGUGAUGGACUUGGACAGGCUAAGAUGGAAGUGACCUGAGGCCUCGUCCAGGCAGUCUCUUCACAACAGGACAAGUUAAGAAUUGAAACACAGGCUUGUCUGGGGAGCAGUAUGCCGGAAGCUGGUUUUCAGGCCACAAACGCGUUCACAGAGUGCAAAUUCACCUGCACCAGCGGCAAAUGCUUGUAUCUUGGUUCACUGGUCUGUAACCAACAGAAUGACUGUGGGGACAACAGUGACGAAGAAAACUGCCUCCUGGUGACCGAGCAUCCACCUCCAGGCAUCUUCAACUCGGAGUUGGAGUUCGCACAGGUCCUCAUCAUUGUCGUGGUGGUCACGGUGAUGGUAGUGGUUGUUGUGUGCCUGCUGAACCACUACAAAGUCUCCACACGCUCCUUUAUCAAUCGCCCCAACCAGAGCCAGAGACAAGAGGACGGGCUGCAGCCGGAAGGGUGUCUGUGGCCUUCUGACAGCUCCGUGCAGCGGCCAGGGGCUUCAGAGAUCAUGUGUGCCCCACGGGGCAGGGAUAGGUUUACCACCCCAUCCUUCAUCCAGCGGGAUCCGUUCAGUCGUUUCCAGCCCACCUACCCCUAUGUGCAGCACGAGAUUGACUUGCCUCCCACCAUCUCCCUGUCAGACGGGGAAGAGCCACCUCCUUACCAGGGACCCUGCACCCUGCAGCUCCGGGACCCAGAGCAGCAGAUGGAACUCAACCGAGAGUCCGUGAGGGCCCCACCCAACCGAACCGUGUUUGACAGUGACUUGAUAGACAUUUCUAUGUACAACGGGGGACCAUGCCCACCAAGCAGCCACUCGGGCAUCAGUGCAGCUACCUGUAGCAGUAACGGGAGGAUGGAAGGGCCACCCCCGACCUACAGUGAGGUGAUGGGUCACUACCCAGGCACCUCAUUCUUCUACCACCAGCAUAGCAAUGCACACAGGGGCAGCAGACCACAGUUUCAGCCGAACAACUCAGAGGGCACAAUAAUACCCAUCAAGGGCAAAGACAGGAAGCCUGGGAACCUGGUCUGACUACCUUCAGAGUGUACUUUUCAAGGAGAGAGAAACCUCGGCAGGGAGAGAGAGGCCAGCUGGCGCCUCUGCCACCAGUGUUGUUCAGCUUUACAUCCUACAGCUGAGUAAAACCAAAUGUGCAAACACGGUCUUCAUUUCUGAUUCCUAUCCCGGGAAUUGCUUGCAAACAAGAGUGAAACAAUACAAACUUCCAUCCGGUUUGACCGCAAAUGGUGUUCAUCUUGGGGCAGGGGUGGAGAUGGGACUAGAGAUGGUGUGAGCCUGGAAAAGGGCAUGCAGAGGAAAACCGAGGAUGCUUUGAAGACUUCAUGAAAGUAAGACCCACAAAGGUAUUUUUGACAUAUUUAAUUCCAAAAGGAGACUACAGAUAAAUGAGGCCGGGACGGCCUGUUUUUAUAAUUAACUGAAUAAAGAAGGAAGAAUUCUUAUAUAUUAUCAUGGGGAAGAAUCAGCCAGUUUGCUUUUUCUCCAAAGGUGUGAAACUUUUAUUUUGUCUUAAAAAUAUGAGUCGAAACUCCUGUUUUGUGUGCCAAGGUAUAAAGUGGAUAGAGGAGCGAGAGGAACUAAUUGUGUUGUGACGGUAUACUUUAAGAGUUGCACUAUCUUAAUGUUUAAACUAUGGGUGAGGGAAUUGUGUUGUGUGAAGUUCUGUAUGUUGUCUUGUCACCUAUGGAUGGCUAUUAUGCCCCAGGAACACCCUGGAGAUUCUGCAGAGUCAUACAAGAAUGGUAUUUGGGAAUGUGCCCUGGUGUUUACCAAGUUACGUACAUUUAAAAAGUGCUGUGUUGGAAAACUUGCAGCCAGAAGUGGUGUACCCCUGGAGUUACGUGGAGAGGUUGGUGAAAAGAAACCUGCAUUGUGUAUCAAGUGUCACGCAGAGCUAGCCUUAUUCCCAGCAGUGUCAGCAGUUUAUAGACUUUUUUCACUGUAGCAUGAAAUAUAUUCAGAUACAUACCUUAUUUUAUGCAAUAAAUUGUUUAAAAUGCA